CUACCAUGGAGGAAGGAAUAAAUGCAAGAUGGCUCCUCAUAUAAAACCAGCUGCCUGGCUUCUCUUUUGUGAUCAACAAAAUUACUUUCCCCCCGUUAUUCGAUUAAAAUACCGUCUUUGGGGAAGUGCUGAGGGUUGAAUUCUUUAGUGCGCGGGUGCGGGUGUUACUCGGCGUCUUCGGGCGCUGUGGGAGAAAUUUAGUAAGCGAGCGGGGCGAUUUUGAGGCGGUGCGGGAGAGAGAUUAGGCCUGUCGGCUCACGCAACCAUCAGCAGCGCGAGCCCGAACCUGAACCCGAAACACCCGUGCCCGGAUCUAAAACCGGACACCCGAACCGCUCACAUGGCCGUUUCAAGGCUGGAACGUCUCUUCAUCUUACUGGAUACAGGGACGACUCCUGUGACCAGAAAAGCAGCUGCACAGCAGCUGGGAGAUGUUGUGAAGCUUCAUCCACAUGAACUUAAUAACUUGCUGGCAAAAGUUUUAACAUACUUGAGGAGUCCCAACUGGGAUACACGAAUCGCUGCAGGUCAGGCUGUAGAAGCAAUAGUGAAGAAUAUUCCGGAAUGGAAUCCGACUCCAAAGCCGAAAGAAGAGGUGUCUGCAGAAGACAUGUCUCCAGAGGAAAGCUCCUCAGACAGGCUGAGUUUCUACCGGUUUGAUAUUUCCCGUCUGCUCAAGCACGGCGCGUCCCUGCUGGGCUCUGCAGGUGCAGAGUUUGAACUUCAGGAUGAUAAGUCAGGUGAGAUGGAUCCCAAAGAGCGUUUGGCCCGGCAGAGAAAGCAGUUACAGAAGAAGUUGGGAUUGGAUAUGGGUGCGGCCAUCGGCAUGGACACAGAAGAGCUUUUUAAUGACGAAGACCUGGAGGACGCCUGCGCCUCCAGUGCCACCAGAACACAGCCCAAUAAAAGCAUGGGAUGCUCUUUCUCACGCAACCAAAUGCCGGCAGCAGAAUUAAUCGAUUCAGAGUUUCGCCCAGGCAUGAGCAAUCGACAAAGGAACAAGGCCAAGAGGAUGGCCAAACUGGUGGCAAAGCAGAGAUCCAGAGACAUGGACCCCAAUGAGAAGAGUAAUGACAGUUGUGAGGGAGAACCAGAGGAGAAACGACGGAAAACCACAAACGUAGUUAUUGAGCAGCCAGCGACGGACAGCAAGGUCCUGAUUGACAAUGUUCCUGAUAACUCCAGUUUAUGUGAGGAGACUCAGGAAUGGCCUCUGGAAAGCUUCUGUGAUGAGCUUUGUAAUGAUCUCUUCAACCCCUCGUGGGAGAUUCGUCACGGUGCGGGCACAGGUCUAAGGGAAGUGCUAAAGUGUCAUGGUGCAGGUGGAGGAAAGAUGGUCGGCAGUACAACAGAGCAGAUGGAGCGGCAGCAUCAAGACUGGCUGGAGGACCUGGUCAUCCGGCUUUUGUGUGUCUUUGCUCUGGACAGGUUCGGAGACUUUGUGUCAGAUGAGGUGGUUGCACCUGUCAGGGAGACGUGUGCACAGACUCUGGGUGUGGCCUUGAGGCACAUGACAGACAGCGGUGUUGCCAUGACCGUAAAUAUUCUGCUCAAGCUGCUAACUGAAGACCAGUGGGAAGUUCGACACGGAGGCCUGCUGGGCAUCAAAUAUGCUCUCGCCGUCAGACAGAAUAUGAUCUCGGAGAUGCUGCCUCGGGUUCUUCCUGCUAUUACAGAAGGCUUGCGGGAUCUGGACGACGAUGUUCGUGCCGUAGCAGCGGCAGCUUUAAUCCCAGUUGUGGAUGGACUAGUUCAGCUGCAGCCCGCUAAGGUUCCCUUCAUUGUCCACACACUUUGGAAUGCUCUUCUGGAGCUGGACGAUCUCACGGCUUCAACCAACAGCAUCAUGACCCUUUUGUCGUCCCUGCUCACGUAUCCACAGGUUCGCCAGUGCAGUGCACAACAAUCACUGACAGUAUUAGUACCUCGUGUGUGGCCGUUCCUGAGACACACCAUUGCAUCGGUUCGCCGGGCUGCACUAGAGACCCUGUUUACACUUCUGUCUAAAGCUGACCAGAGUUGUGCAGUAUGGCUAAAUCCCAUCAUGCAGGACAUGCUAAGGCACAUCUUUCAGUCGUGCAUCCUGGAAAGCAAUCAGGAGAUCCUGGAGCUAAUUCAGAAGGUGUGGAGGGAGUUGUUGCGACAGGCCCCACACCAGUAUGUGGUGGCAGCCAGCUGUCCCUGGAUGGGUGCCUGGCUCUGUUUGAUGAUGCAAGCAGCACACAUCCCAAUAGACCCCAACAUGCUCCUGGAAGUAAAAGCCCGUUCAAAGGAAAAGGCCUCUGGGAAAAGCAGGCAGGGAUCUGUUCCAGUCAAAGAGACAGUCCAGGAGUACAUUGGUGGAGCAGAUACAAUCACCGAAGACCCCGCCACACGAGACUAUGUGGUGACCCGUGCGCGUCUUAUGACUGCAAAGCUGUUGGGGGCACUGUGUAAUUGCAUCUGUGACCCACGGUUGAACAGCUCCUCUCAGGAACUCCGUCCUGCUGAAUCCCUGGCUCAGCUUUUACUGUUCCACCUCAAUUCUAAAUCAGCCCUGCAGCGGAUUGCGGUUGCCAUGGUGAUAUGCGAGUGGGCAACCCUGCAGAAAGAAUGCGAGCUGUUGUCUAGCGUGGUUCAGCCCCGGCUGCUGACCAUCCUGUCCGAGCAGCUGUACUACGAUGAGAUUGCCAUUCCUUUCACACGCAUGCAGAAUGAAUGCAAACAGCUUAUAGCGCUGCUGGCUGAUGCCCACAUCGACGUGAGCGAGCGAAUGAACUGUACGGUGUUCACCAUCGAUCAGGCCAAUGAGCUGGUGACCACUAUCUUCUCCGAAUGCACGUCUACUUUGAACCUGAAGUCACGUCAGUUCCAGCCACUGGACAGCAAAAGGCUGCAGGCUCGUUCGACCGUGUGCGAGACCAGCGCCGAGUGGCAGCAGCUACAGCUGAGGGUUCACACCUUCGCGGCCUGCGCCGUCGUGGGUCUAGCAAUGCUUCCGGACAAACUCAACCCUGUGGUCAGACCCCUAAUGGAGGCGGUCCGUCGUGAAGAGAACACGCUCGUCCAGGGUUACGCAGCCUCCAGCAUCGCGCGCCUGUUGCAGCUGUGCUCCAGCAGAUCUCCCUGCCCUAAUGGCAAGAUCUUGAAGAAUCUCUGCAGCUCUGUGUGUGCAGAUCCGAUGCUCACUCCCAACGCUGCCUGUCCCGUCCCACCGGCCAGCACUCCGGCUGUGCAAGAGGGCAGUAAAGCUUCUGUUGCGGAGAAGGACGCUACGCAUCAUGUGGUAAAUAAAACGAAGGGAAUUAUCACACUUUACCGCCACCAAAAAGCAGCUUUUGCCAUCACCAGUAAGAGGGGACCCACGCCCAAAGCCCCUAAAACCAACAACGGUGACCUGCCUAUCGGAAGCAAUGUGGCCACGGAAACGGAUGAGAGCAAAAAGCCAUGUCUUAUCCAAAGGAGAGGGGCAGAGUUCUCCUUAACAACAAUCGCCAGGCAUUUCGGUCAGGAGCUGACCAGCGCUUUGCCCUAUCUGUGGGAUUCAAUGACUGGCCCGCUCAGGACUGUGCUGAACGCUCAGGGAUUUGAUUCCAGCCAGCUCUUGAAGCAGGGAGACUCUGUUGCUCAAGACCUUGUGAAUUCUCUUCAGGUGCUAGAAGUCACAGCAGGAGCCAUGACCCAAGACCUGAUUCCUGUAUUAAUGGAGCAGCUUCCUCUCCUCUGCACCUGUCUGCAGCAUCCAUACACCGCUGUACGUCACAUGGCCGCUCGCUGUGUGGGCGUGCUCAGUAAGAUCGCUACCAUGGAAACCAUGAAUGUGUUUUUGGAGCAUGUGCUGCCCUGGUUGGGUGCUAUAGAUGACAACACUAAGCAAGAGGGAGCUAUUGAAGCUUUGGCCUGUUUAAUGGAGCAGUUGGAUGUGGAUAUCGUUCCCUACAUCGUGCUGCUGGUGGUUCCUGUGCUGGGCCGUAUGAGUGACCCCUCUGACAGCGUGAGAUUCAUGGCCACGCAGUGCUUUGCUACGCUGAUUAGACUGUUGCCACUCGAGGCUGGAAUUCCAGACCCUCCUUCUAUGUCUGAGGAUCUGAUUCGGCAGAAGGCCAGAGAGCGGCACUUCCUCGAACAGCUGCUGGAUGGAAGGAAACUGGAGAAUUAUAAGAUUCCUGUACCCAUCAAAGCAGAGCUCCGGAAAUACCAGCAGGAUGGUGUGAACUGGCUGGCAUUUCUUAACAAGUACAAGCUUCAUGGCAUCUUGUGUGAUGACAUGGGUCUGGGAAAGACCCUGCAGUCCAUCUGUAUACUGGCUGGAGAUCAUUUCCUCAGGGCUCAGGAGUACUGCAAGGCAAAGGCACCCGACUGUUGUCCUUUACCUUCUAUAGUGGUGUGUCCACCCACCUUGACGGGUCACUGGGUGGAUGAGGUUGGCAAGUUUUGCUCUAAAGAGUAUCUCAGUCCUUUGCACUAUACUGGACCCCCAACAGAAAGAGCACGGUUACAGCACCAGGUCAAGAAACACAAUCUAGUUGUUGCCUCAUAUGAUGUUGUUAGGAAUGACAUUGAAUUUUUCAGGGAUAUUAAAUUUAAUUACUGUAUCCUUGAUGAGGGUCACGUUAUUAAAAAUGGGAAGACCAAACUCUCCAAGGCCAUCAAGCAGUUGAGUGCCAACUAUCGAAUAAUCCUCUCAGGAACGCCCAUUCAGAACAAUGUUUUGGAGUUGUGGUCGCUCUUUGAUUUUCUGAUGCCGGGCUUUCUGGGUACAGAGCGUCAGUUUGCCGCCCGCUACGGGAAGCCAAUCCUUGCCAGUCGAGAUGCUAAAAGUUCUUCACGUGAACAGGAAGCAGGUGUGUUAGCAAUGGAGGCUCUGCAUAGACAAGUUCUGCCCUUCCUUCUGAGGAGAAUGAAGGAUGAUGUUCUUCAAGAUCUACCACCCAAAAUCAUUCAAGAUUACUAUUGCAACCUCAGUCCUCUACAGGUUCAACUGUACGAGGACUUCGCCAAGUCUCGUGCUAAGGUGAACGUGGACGAUGUGAUUUCCACGCCCUCUGCACCUGAGGAAGAAGAGAAGCCCAAACUGAAGGCCACUGGACACGUCUUCCAGGCUCUGCAGUAUCUGAGGAAGCUCUGUAAUCACCCAGCGCUUGUGUUGACCCCUCAACAUCCAGAGUACAAACACAUCACAGAUCAACUGGCCAAUCAACACUCCAGCCUUAGAGACAUCCAGCACGCUCCCAAACUGUCUGCUCUCAAACAGCUCUUGUUGGACUGCGGCUUGGGUUCUGCCGGAGCGUCUGAUGGUGGCACAGAGGCUGUGGUCGCCCAGCAUCGUGUUCUCAUCUUCUGCCAGCUGAAGAGCAUGUUAGACAUUGUGGAGCAGGAUCUCCUGAAAGCACAGCUGCCCACCGUCACCUACCUCAGACUGGAUGGAGGCGUUCAGGCCGGCCUCAGACACUCCAUAGUCUCCAGGUUCAAUAAUGACCCUUCCAUAGAUGUCCUACUGCUCACUACUCACGUGGGUGGGCUGGGAUUGAAUUUGACGGGUGCCGAUACAGUGGUGUUUGUGGAGCAUGACUGGAACCCCAUGAGAGACCUGCAGGCCAUGGAUCGAGCUCACAGAAUAGGACAGAAACGUGUUGUCAAUGUGUAUCGUCUCAUCACGCGGGGCACCCUGGAGGAAAAGAUCAUGGGUCUGCAGAAGUUUAAAAUGACCAUCGCUAAUACAGUCAUCAGUCAGGAUAACGCCAGUCUGCAGAGCAUGGGCACAGAACAACUGCUCAACCUCUUCACACUAGACAAGAAUGAAAAGGCAGAGAAGAGCGAGUCGUCCUCGGGUAAAUCCGGUAUCAAGUCUGUUCUGGAUGGACUGGGUGACCUGUGGGACCAACAGCAGUACGAGAACGAAUACGAUCUGGAUAGCUUCAUGCAUUCACUCAAAUGAGACUCAGAAACACUCCAGUCCAACUCUCAUUAGUCUUAAAAUUCUUCUUGCAACCUUUUAUGAGAUCUUUGCUCAAAAAAACCCGUUAUUAAUUUGUCUGUGGAAGAAGUCUUAAAGCUAAUCUUAAAAAAAGUGUUGUACAUGCAUCUGUAUGUGUAUCAGUUAUAACAUUUAAACCUCAGGUUUUUCACAAACCACCAUCAGUAUCGGUGAUGACAGUAUUCACAACUGAAUGAAGAAAAGCUGUCGGUCAUGAACUGCAAUGCACAGAAUCUGCUUCAGUUGUCUUACAGAUAAGCAAAGGACGGUGUAAUGUUUCAUUCGGCCCACUAGGGGGAGCUUAAUCGUUAUAGGAAUAAGAAGGGCUUCAGACACAUUGAAAAUGUCUUAAGUGCACUGACUGUGAUCUAUAGGUACAGGUGCAAGAGCAGAAGGACACAGUCCUGAAACUUUGUAGAGUUUUAAAAGGAAAAAAUAGGACUUGUAAAUAUUUCUGUUAUUUGCCUUUUUUGGGUAAGCUGAUAGAAUUUUAAUAAAUUCUAAUGAGCUCUUUAA